AUGACGAUGAUACUCAAUGAGGUCCUUAGGCUAUAUCCUCCAGUGGCACAGCUGACCAGAGCCAUUCACAAAGAGAUGAAGCUAGGCGACCUGACACUACCGGGCGGCGUUCAGAUAAGUCUACCUAUUCUACUACUCCAACUCGACACAGAGCUGUGGGGAAACGAUGCAGCGGAAUUCAAGCCUGAGAGAUUCAAAGACGGUAUCUCAAAGGCAACAAAGAGCCAACUCUCUUUCUUUCCCUUUGCAUGGGGACCAAGGAUCUGCAUUGGACAGAACUUUGCUAUGUUGGAGGCAAAGAUGGCUAUGGCAUUGAUUCUACAGAGAUUCUCCUUGGAGCUCUCUCCUUCCUAUGUUCAUGCGCCGUACUCAGUCAUGACCACUCACCCACAAUUUGGUGCUCAUCUUAUCCUCCACAAGAUCUAA